AUGUCAGCCCUCCCCAAAGGCCUAACCUCACCUCCCCCGUCCGUCCCGGACGCAGUCACCUCCUUCCCAGCACCCCACGUGCUCCUCGUGACCCUGAACCGCCCCAAGGCCCUCAACGCCAUCCCCUCCACCAACCACAGCCUCUUCGACGCCCUCUGGCGCUGGUACGACUUCCAGCCCACCCUCCGCUGCGCCAUCCUGACCGGCACGGGGCGGGCGUUCUGUGCCGGCGCGGACCUCAAGGAGUGGAACGGCCGCAAUGCCGCCGCCGCCGCCGCCGCCAGUGGUCAGCAAGCCGCCGAGCAGCCCGAGACUUCCGGGCGGGCCAAGGACAGGUGGACCUCUUCGGGCUUCGGCGGGCUGAGCAACCGCACGGGCAAGAAGCCCGUCAUCGCGGCCGUGAAUGGCCUGUGUCUCGGCGGCGGCAUGGAGAUCGCCGUGAACUGUGACCUGAUAGUUGCGAGCGAGGACGCCAAGUUUGGGCUGCCCGAAGUCAAGCGGGGCGUGGUCGCGCUGGCUGGCGCGCUGCCCCGGAUCCAGAAGACGCUCGGGAAGCAGCGGGCUGCUGAGAUGGCGCUUGUUGGGGGGAUGUACUCGGCGCAGAGGAUGUACGAGUGGGGCGUAGUGAACAAGGUCGUCAAGCAGGACGAUGUGGUCAAGGAGGCGGUCAAGAUCGCCGAGGAGAUUGCUGACAACAGCCCUGACUCGGUGAUUGUGAGCCGCGAGGGACUGAAGUUGGGCUGGGAAGUUGGCCCGGAGAUGGGGACGGAACUCUUGGAACGGGGUAUGUUUGGCCGGAUAGACGCUGCGGAUAACAUGAGAGAGGGCGUCAUGAGCUUCGUGGAGAAGAGGAAGCCGGUAUGGAGGGAUAGCAAGCUAUGA